ACUCUAAAACAUUUCCGGGUUCAAGAUGGUCGCCCAAGCUAUUUAGUGAGACUUCCUCCGUCCUUCUCCAUUCCACUCCGGUUUUUUAACCUGGAUGUGACGUCCUAAAGGACCCGACGGAAAUAGAACGGAAGGCGGUCUAAAAUGGCGAACCGUACUGUAAAAGAUGCGCACAGCAUCCACGGCACCAACCCUCAGUAUCUGGUGGAGAAGAUCAUUCGGACGCGCAUUUAUGAGUCCAAAUACUGGAAAGAGGAGUGCUUUGGCCUUACAGCUGAACUUGUAGUCGAUAAAGCCAUGGAGUUAAGAUUUGUGGGUGGUGUCUAUGGUGGCAACAUAAAGCCAACUCCCUUUCUGUGUUUGACCUUGAAGAUGCUUCAGAUUCAACCCGAGAAGGAUAUCAUUGUAGAGUUUAUCAAAAAUGAAGAUUUCAAGUAUGUCCGCAUGUUGGGAGCACUUUACAUGAGGUUGACAGGCACUGCAAUUGAUUGCUACAAGUACUUGGAGCCUCUAUACAACGACUAUAGAAAAAUCAAGAGCCAGAACCGAAAUGGAGAGUUUGAACUGAUGCAUGUGGAUGAAUUUAUUGAUGAACUACUGCACAGUGAGAGAGUCUGUGAUAUCAUUCUGCCCCGGCUACAGAAACGCUAUGUGCUAGAGGAAGCUGAGCAACUGGAGCCUCGGGUUAGCGCUCUAGAAGAGGACAUGGAUGACGUGGAGUCCAGCGAAGAGGAGGAAGAAGAGGAUGAGAAGUUGGAAAGAGUGCCGUCACCUGAUCACCGCCGGAGAAGCUACCGAGACUUGGACAAGCCCCGACGCUCUCCCACACUACGCUAUCGGAGGAGUAGGAGUCGGUCUCCCAGAAGGCGCAGUCGGUCUCCCAAAAGAAGGAGCCCCUCCCCUCGCCGAGAAAGGCAUCGGAGCAAGAGUCCAAGACGUCAUCGCAGCAGGUCCCGAGACAGACGGCAUAGAUCCCGCUCCAAGUCCCCAGGUCAUCACCGUAGUCACAGACACAGAAGCCACUCAAAGUCUCCUGAAAGAUCUAAGAAAAGCCACAAGAAGAGCCGGAGAGGGAAUGAGUAACGGACUCACUUUGGUUUUAGUCCAAGUGGCCUUCUGUGGAGAUAAAGGCAUCUGUCUAUGUGGAAGAAUGAAGAUCUACUCCCCAGGCAGCUAUGAGAAUAUUCUGGAUUUUUUUUUUUUUUUUUUUACCAAAAGUUUCUUCACUUUUUCUUUUUUAAAUGAAAGAGGUGCUGAGUUUUGUAUCUUGUUUUGAAACAUAAUCCACAUGUUUGAGAGAUAAUGCUUCCUAAGGGCUGCUUUUGACCUCUUUGUACAACCAACCUUGUUUGCACUCAAAUUUAUGAGGGCAGAAUGAAUUGGAACAGAAGGUAUGAAACAAGGGGAGGAUGUGGCCACCUGGUGACCCUCUUGUUAUUAAAUUUGACACACCCAUUUCCUGUUUUUCUGUGGUUUAGUUUUGGUUUACACUGUGAUUAGAACUGUUCUGAGAAUCCUGAGAUUCGUGCUGCUGCUUGCUGUACCGUUAAAAAACCAAGUCAGUAAAAUAUAUUAGCUCCAAGUUUUAUUUCUAGCAGCAGCAAGUGGUAAUAAACAUGAAAACUGACUGGUUAGCAGCAGCUUUAUAAGAAUGAAUUCAGUUGUAAGGCUUCUUCUGGAUCAUUUAACAGUUGCACUGAAUGUUCAACAAACAGUAAAACUUAACACUUUUUAUAUAGCAUUCUUCCACAGUGUUGUUUCUUCUUCCCCACAGCCUUGAAUUCCAGAUUAAGGUGCUCAGCGCCUUUAUACUAUGGGCACUGACAUUAUCAAAUCUAGGCAGUAGUAGUAGGGCAACUAGGUUGAAAAAAUUUGAUGGAGAGAAAAGUAUCUAAUGCCACUCAGGGUUUUAACCUGAGUUGCUGGACAAUAGCACCAUUCACAUAACCAUAAAAUACAGCAAGGAAGAGACCAGGUUUUAGAGGGGUAGGUAGUGAGAGUUGUGGUAGUAGUGAAAAUGAUGCAUUCAGUUUAACUUGAAGUUUAAUUUGAGACAGCUAAGGUAUAUCUAGAUAAAGCCCAGACAUCGUAAAUAAGAGCAUAGUGAUCCAACCCUGAAUUGACAAUGUUUAGGUAAUUGUGGAAGGUGUAGAACUGAAUGCAGCGCCCAGGGAGAUGUGUGUAUAUGUAAGAAAAGCCAGUAACAGAAUCAUAGGCAACACCAACACUGUUGAGGAAGAAGUGCAAACACCGAUUGAAAACUGAAAUGAAUCAUUCAGAAAGGUAGAGGAAAUAGAGUGGGUUUAGAAGCUAAGGACACAGAAGUAAAAUAAGGACUGAAUAGUGUCCACGGGUAUUGAUAAUCAAGAGGGUGUUGGGGUCUUUGCUAGAAGAGCUCUGUCUACCUGUUCUUACCUUUCCUCCUUUAAAAAGGAAAAAACGAUCAAAUGAUUUCCAGCAGCUCUGUCCUUGGGAAGAAUUGUGAAGACCAACUGCCUCACAGGAUCCAGUUUCUUGGGAAGUCAUAUCUGGUCAUAGGAUAAACAUCCUAUUGCUUGCUGUUGAACUUAAGGACUUCUGCAUCAAUAUUAAAGCAUUUUGGGAUCAUAUUUGAGAUUUCAUGUUCUUCACUGAUUGCUCUCCUGAUAAUAUCUGAGCUAAUAAAUGUUGUCCAUAAGAGCUAUUAUGGUUCAUCAUACAACUAUAUAUAGGACUGCCUUUAAAAAUUAAAUAUAAGCACCUCUAUUUGUAUCUGCUGUAGAGUCCUAGCAGUUAUUUCUUUAUCAAAGUGUUCUAAAUGGAAAGAAAUGUAUGCUGGCUGAAUGACCUUUGGACCAACCAAGUCAUCAUCCGGUAUACUGUUAAAAUAAAAUUUUAAAAGUAUACUUUAUUUUUAAACUAUAAAAAUUUAGAAACCCACCCCAAAACCCCAAUAAUUUUUAAUACCAGAAAUAAACCUCCCCAAGCAUAAACUAUAAACUUAAAGCAUACUUGAGAGUGGGACAUGUCAAACCUCUCUCUAGAGAUCAUUUUGAUAAAUUACAGAAUUGUAGAGGAGAUGAAUUCAGUACAGACUUUGCUGAAGGACCGUUUCUGUCAACUAUGUGCUAGCCUACUGGAUGAGUGAGGCCUUGGAACUAUAUAGCUUUACAACUUGUGACUAGCCUAUAUUAAGAGACACAUUUUACGUCUUACCUCUGAACUCAUACAUAUUCUGCACUAAAACGAAUUUCAGGAAAAAAUUCGUAUUCCCUGUGCAAAAUACAUUCUGAUAUUUCUUAUGCAGUAUCAGUUUUACUAUCGGGUGCAAACCACUAAAUUGAUUACAUUUCCCACAAUGUGAAUUAUACUACUUUAAAAGCUUUGCCAUAGGGCACAAUGACCUCUUAAUACUAAGGAAUGAAGAGAUAUGUGUUCUCAGGGGUAAAGGAAAUAAUGGAUUUGGUGAGAGGCUUCCAAUAUAACAACCCAACUUAAAGUUCAUCCCUCUAGCCCCUUUCCAUUUUUUUUGGUAGACUGACCUAAGUUUAAAUAAGCAUUAAUCAGAAAAGAAUGAUAACAGAUGCUGGCCACUCCCAGCCAAAAGUUAAAGUAACAAGUUUCCACAGACAAAAAAAAUAAUCUGUUUUUUAAAAUGCAAGAAUACAAGUUCAAAGAGAUUAAAAGGUAAGAGAUGGAAAUUAAGCAUGGCAGAAUUUAAGAAAGAUUUGAACAUUGGGAAACUGAAAGUCUUAUUAGAAAACCCAAAAUACAAAAUAGACAAGGCAUAGAGAAAAUAGGCUGGAGGGGGGAAAAAAUGGAAAAUAAUAAAAAGGUAUAGAGAUAAUCAAGAAAAGACAUGAAAAGAAAUCCUGCAUGUGUAUAAUUGACAUUGCUGAUAAAGAGAAUUGAGCAAAUCAAACUUUAAAAAUUCAAAUAGAAGAAAAAUCACCUUGAUUUAAAAGA